UUUGUUGCACCAAGCACCUGAACACAAGUGGUCUCCGGAUGUUCACGUUAAACAUUUCACUUUUGACGCACUUUCUUGUGUUAUUCUAAGAGAUUAAUCCACACGUCCACAUUUUACGUUAUACAAAGGAAUGUGUUAGACGAAAUAACAGCUCUCUUGUUUGCGGAUGUAAGUGUCACUUUUUUUUUUCUCCAAGGAGAGAUGAAAGUAGCCAAGAUGGCAGACAAGAAACUGAGCCAUCUGUCAGGUUUUAUCUGCCCUCGAGCUAGACAAAAUGUAAAACUUGAGCUGAGCAAGAGCAAAGUCUCUGUCCAAAUCUUACAAAAACUCUACUUAUGUCUAUUUCUCUCUCUCUCUCUCUCUCUCUCUCUCUCUCUCUCUCUCUCUUUUCCUCCCAUUCCCACGGUGCUCAAACCUCUAUGUACAAAACAUGUUGUUGUAAUUCGACUUGUGAUUAAGAAAACAAAAAAACUGUGGCGCUUGUGACACUGGGAGUUGAAACACAUGAGAAGUGCGGCAGGAAAUGUGAUGCUAGUCGCUCAUGUGUUAACACAGAUGCAUGUCAUGAGCUGGGAACUUCCUCUCAGUAGCGGUCAAACAGCAGCACAGUCGCAUCAUGUGGCUGACGGCAAUUUUUGAUUUCUCUGAAGGUUGAUGUCAGCCCAGAUAUACGAGUCUUGGACUAUUGCACCAUCAGUUGUUGUGAAAUCUGUUCUUUAAAUUACAAACAACCAUAAUUUGCUCUUAAAUAUUGCACAUUUCUUGUUAUACAAAGUCUUACGGCAUAAACAAGUGCAUCAAAUAAACAAGAUACGUUAUCCUGAUUAUUUAUCCCGUGUUUAAUUUGAAAACACAAACCUCACAUGAACUAGUUGGUUUCUCUUUUGAUUUUUUGCACUCAGUGUGACACACAGAAUAUCUCAUGACACCGAUGAUUCAGACGAUGUGGCCUCGGUUUGUUGAUGGGAAGCCACGUGGUUUAGGAAUAACAACACAGUCUGAUAUAUCAACAAACCCCCCCGACAUAAAUAGAAAAGAAAUGCCGCAAGUAAAAAACAUCUAAAGAGAAGCUUUUAAAAACAUUUUACUGAAAAGGUGCAUUCAUCUAUGUGUGGUGAACAUAUAGCGCAAAUCAUAGUACAGUGUGACAAAUAAAGGUGAAGAAAAUUAAGAUAAAGAAUACAACAAUUCAACAUAUCUCUCAUUGAACUAAAUUAGAUUUGAGUGUACAACAUCCACAGAAACGUGACACUAAUGAGCUGAAAUCAUAUCUUCCCUUUUUACAUUUGUAGAGCAAAUCAAAAUGUGUGUCCAUGAUGGCAAACAGGAAGGUGGGCGCUGCUGUCAGGGUGAUGGGAGGGGUGAAGACAGAUACAUAGAUACCGCAUGUGAGUCUGUGACAUACACAUCGCCUCCUGCAGAGAAGAGACACAAUGAUCGACUUCGGCUCCAUCUACGACGAGCUAAACUUGUCGUAUAAUUACAAUGACUCUGACUUCGUUGUCAACCCGGACACGCAGCCCUGCAGCUCCUUCGACAUCCCAGAUGCAGUGACGGUCGUUGUCUGCAUCUUUUACAUCCUCAUCUUUCUGUUGGCGAUUCCUGGAAAUCUCAUAGUGGGUCUGGUGAUUGGCCUCAGCAAGCAGGCGUUGACUCCCUCCGACCUCUACCUCCUCAACCUGGCAGUCGCGGACCUCCUGCUGGCCGUCACGCUCCCGUUCUGGGCCACCUCCGUUACAAAGGGAUGGGUGUUCGGAGACGCCAUGUGCAAAAUUGUCACCAUCCUCCAAGAGCUGAGCUUCUACUCCAGCAUCCUCUUCCUGGCUUGCAUUAGUAUGGAUCGCUACAUGGUGAUCGUGCGAGCUAUGGAGGCACGCAAGGCUAACCGACAGGCGGUCAGCUGGGGAGUUUGUAUCGGUGUCUGGGCUGUUGGAGUACUUCUGUCUCUGCCAGGGCUUUUUAAUUCUUCCCAAUUUUCUCCAAUCACCAGCCAGUGGCUGUGCAAAGAACAGUACGAUCCUAGCAAGGCUGACAUAUGGCGGCUGGCCACCAGGAUUCUUCGCCACACUUUGGGUUUUCUUAUCCCCUUGGCCAUCAUGCUGCCCUGCUAUGGAGUAACCAUCCAGCGCCUGCUUCGUAUCCGCGGGGGGUUUCAGCGGCAGCGAGCCAUGAGAGUGAUUGUGUUUGUGGUUGUCGCCUUCCUGCUUUGCUGGACGCCAUACCACAUCGCAGUGAUGACAGACACGUUUUUCAGGUCAAAGAUCGUGCCGUAUCAGUGCCCGGCGAGGAUGGCGGUGGACCGGGCCAUGUUUGCCACCCAGAGUCUGGGCCUGCUGCACAGCUGUGUCAACCCGGUGCUGUACGCUUUCGUAGGGGAGAAGUUCAGGAGGAGGCUGUUCCAGUUUUUGAGGAAGAUGGGUGUCAUGGAGAGGACAUCGGUGUCGAGGAGCAGUAGGUCUUCACUGUCGUCAGAAAUCACUUCCACAUUCAUGUGAGGACACCAAAGAGAGACUCUGAAUUGCAUUUUUUUUCUUUUUUUUUUUUUUCUUUUUUAAACUCAACAAAUAAAAAACAAUUAUUUUUGCUACUUCUGUAGAUUUGCGUUCAUGCCUUUGUCUAUUUUUCUAUAUUUCUUCUUAUUUAUCUUUAUUUUGGAUCCAGCGUACACCAAGGUCACGCUGCUUUUAAAAUAAGCUGUAAACAUCUUUAGUCAUACCCCUGAAGUCCCCUCUCUUUCUUCAGAAGUGAAGUUCUGAUCGGAAACUGUGCAAAACAUUUGCUAAGUUUCAAGUUCAAGUGUGUGUCUGUGUGUGUUUCAACACAUCAAUACUGUGCCACAACAUCAAGACAAUACAUCCGCUUAUGAACACCUUGGUGUGAAUGCUACAACUGGCCUUUGAGUUGAUCCAGUUCAGCAUUUGAUGGUAAAAUAUCUGGCAAAUGUAAUAAAGUUACCUGUGCAGAACUGUCCAACUCAGUGUUAGUUUUGUGUUUUAUGUACUGUAAGCUAAGCUAAAGACAGGAGGAUGUUAUCCAUGUGCCAAACAGUUUGCAUAGUGUAAAGUUUCUAUUGUCAAUAAAGUUUUAUUUAGACAUACACUGCUCUUUGUCUCUGAUCAAUAAAACCCAGCUGAGUAACCGCCUAUGUCAUGAAUGCUUCUAAAUUUACCAUAAACAGCUGAUAGAAGACAGGACUUCCCUCUGACUAAUCCAGCAAGUGGUGCCUUUUUUUUAUUUUU